AUGAGGAACCUGCAGUUGAGGCGAUGGAAGACUCUCCGGAGAGUCAACAUCGAUCAGGAGCUAGGUCGGCUAUAUGGGGAUCACGUCCGGUUCCGCGGUAAGCAACGGGAAGCAGUAGAUGCGAUUAUGAUGAACAAGAGCCCUGUUGUUGUGAUCAUGGGAACGGGCACCGGAAAAAGCCUCUGCUUCAUGCUACCCGCAGCCAGCUGCCCCGGUGGACUCACGGUGGUGAUCGUCCCGCUUGUGUCUCUCCAGGGUGAUUUAAUGGAUCGGUGCCAGAAGCUCAGAAUAUCCUGUGCUGAAUGGAGAAGUGAUAGGGUGCCGGGAGAUGUGUCGAUUGUGUUUGUGACGCCUGAGUCGGCUAUGACGAAGCGUUUUCUGGACUUUCUCGAGUCCCGGCGGGUCAUGGCCAAAGUAGACCGGAUCGUUGUCGACGAAUGCCAUACGAUUAUGGAAGGAAGCCUGUCGUUUCGACCCAAGCUACGUGAGCUAGGCACCCUCGCGUUGGUAGGGGUGCAGAUGAUCUAUCUCACUGCGACACUGCCGCCGGCAGAUGAACCAGCUUUCUUCAGCCUGAUCAACGCACGGCACGAAGACGUUGUUAUGAUCCGGGCAAGGACAACACGCGGCAAUGUGGUUUACAGUGUUAGGUCGGUCCCGGCCUCGACCGUUGAGGAAGCAGUUGCCGCCAUCGUCGAGCAGGCAAUGGUGACGAUCGAUCAAAAGCUGGAAGAGUACCCAUGGCCGGCCAAGAUUAUUGUCUACUGCCAGCGAGUAGAGGCAACAGAAGAUUUAGCCGCAAAGCUAGGGUGCGAUGCUUACCACCGAGAGAUUGACACACGGGACGGGAAGGCAGAAAGGCUCAAGUUUUGGAUGAGCGGCACAAAGCGUGAGCAAUAUGGAGACGGGCGAGUGAUCGUGGCGACAAACGCGCUUGGUCUUGGCAUUGAUGUACCUGAUAUCCGAGCGGUGGUGCACGUGGAGAUGCCGUAUAGGAUGGCGGACUAUGCGCAGCAGAGCGGGCGCGCAGGUCGAGAUGGACAACGGAGUGAGGCUAUCGUU